AUGCGACCUCUAAUUCUAGUUGAUGGUACAACCCUAAAAGCUAGAUAUGAAGGGAAGUUGAUUAUUGUUACAUGUCAAGAUGCCAACAUCCAAAUUUACCCUCUUGUAGUUGAUAUUGUCGAUGGAGAGACUGAUCUUGCAAUGCGUUGGUUCUUCACGAAGUUGAGAGAAGUAAUUGGGGACAUCGAGAACCUUGAAUUUGUGACUGGCCGAGGGCAGUCAAUAAUAAAUGGUAUAGCCGAAGUUUUUCCGGAAGCACGUCAUGGUUAUUGCAUGUACCACAUUCAGGGCAACCUAAAGACUAGGUACCGGGGCAGUGACAUCGUUGCAUUGUUUAGGAGAGUUGCAGAAGCUUACAGUUUUGAAGAGUUUACGAAGUUCAUGGGCGAAAUAGAACAUAAAUUAGAAAGUGCAUGGGAAUAUCUAUCAAAUAUAGGAGUCGAACAUUGGGCACGGUCACAUUUUUCAGAACGUCGAUACAACAUGAUGACGUCGAAUAAUGCGGAGUCACUCAAUGCAUUAUUCAAAAAGGAUCAAGAGUUACCAAUUCUCACAAUGAUUGAACAUAUUCAAUUGCACGAGUGUGCUAGUUCCGACACAGGAAGAUCGACUAUUCAAAACUCUGGAAGUGGCAAAAACUCUAUUUGUGGAACCACUAGAUCAAUUUCGCUUCUCCGUGAGAUGCGGGCACAAUUUCAGUUGGAGAGUUUUCCAUGUGCGCAUGCUAUCGCAGUGGCUAUGUAUAGAGAAUUUCCACCACACAGCUUAUGCAGUCAUUAUUACGUGGCUGAUUUUUGGAGAGCAGCUUAUGCCGAAACUAUAUUUCCUCUACCAAAUGAAGUCGAGUGGGAAGUUCUUGAUUAUAUUGUAAUACUUAAUAAUUUGUUGCCACUUGAAGUUCCACCGCAUACUCCUAGUCAUAGACAGAUGUCUAGAAUAUCAUCUACAAGAGAGUUUCCACAACGACUUAAAUAUUUAAUUGGUUAUGUAUAA